UCGCUAGUUCCAAUUGCAUUUUUUUGUUUUUGGUUUUUUUUUCGGGGGUGUGACGUAUUUGUUGUUGUUAUUGUAGUUUUGUGAAUUAAAUCAACAAUUGUCGCUGUAAAUGUAAAGUGAAUCGUGUUCCCCGCGGCUUUCCAAACAAUAAACGCUAAUUCGAAGCUAACAAACACCGGCAAAAGCACCAUAAUGCAGGUGGAACCAAUGGGUGAUGAAUGUGACGUCACGGUUCGGCAGCAGCAGAAAAACAAAACCAAUGGGAUUUUUUCAGUCGCUGUUAGAAGCUUAAAUACUGGGGAGCCGAACGCACGGAUAUAUUCCUCUACGCCAAAGACUUCGCAUCCAAAACUCCAGCACUACGUGGGCGUUCCUGAACCCACAGAAAAGGGGCGAGUGGGCGUGGUGACCGCCUUUGAUCCGCGGUUAAAAAAAGUGGCCCUUCUCUUUGGAUUUCUAAUUAUUGGCUACAAAAGCGUCAUAUUAACCAUGCCAUACAUUAGCGGCGAUUCCAUUCAGGUGUUGAGCCACCAGAUGCAGAGUCGCUGGAACGAGACCUUGGAGUGGGCCACCAGUCACCAGCUGGGCUCCAGGCUGAGUCCCCUGCUGUGUGGCCUUCUGGUGGCCGGGUUCGCCUACGGAAUCGUGUACUUGGACAGCGCAGUGCCCGGCGUCAAUCCGCCCUCGCCCUUCUCGCCGCGUUCCAAGAAGCGUUUCCGCGAGGAGAAGGCUGCCUCGCUGCAUUUGGGCUACUUGUGUGCCCUCUUCUGCGGAUUUCUGGUCACUGUCUUUAUGUACUGUGAUCUGUUCUCGUAGAAUCCCAAUUCCUUCCACAUAGUCAAAUAAGUUCACCAGUAUUAGAUUUAAUCCACUCAUUUUGAAUUUGUAUUUAUUGUAGUCCUUGUAAAUGUACAACGCUCCUGGAGAGAAUUAUCAGUGGAGCAUUUUGAAGCUAACUUAGUUCCUAAGUACAACAUUCAUAAGUUGCUUACUAACAAAAUUUAUAAAUUAUUCAUUAUUUCGUAACUACAAAAGUACAAAGUGAAACAUUUCGAUGUUGAUUAUAGGCUUGGAUUCAAAAACUGAAGUUCGUAUAUUCAUACCUAAUAUAGUAAAUAUUACAGCCUGGCCUAUAAAUCGCGAGAGAACUGUAUAUGGAAAACUUACUAAAAUAAAAAUUACUUAUGCACAUUGUUUUGCAUCAGAGUA